CCCCAAUCGAAACCUAGCGCUCUCUUCUACAAUCACGUUCUUGAGUCUGGAGGCCGGCAGCGAGAGGCCGUUCCUCCCAAGCUCCCACCACCUCGAAGCCUUCCUCCCAACGCCGAAGCCUUUUCACCCACUGCUCCCAGGACUUUUUCGCCCGCCAGUGCACCACGAAGCCCCAGCCACAGCCAGCACCACCCUCACAGGCUCGCACCCAGCAAUUGCACAGCACCACCCAGCGGACAGAGCACCAUUCCCCACCACCCAUUGACCCAACAGGCCAGCACAGCACCACGCAAGUGACGCCCCCACCCAGCAGCGUUUCUGGCCACCACCCAGCAGCGUUUCCCAGUCCCCCACCCAGCCACCGAUUCAAGUCAUUUAUUGUCAGUCUUCAUUGAAACUCUCCAACGACUCUUGUGGACACUCUCUCUCCAUUCUUCAGUCUCCUUCGUCAUUGAUGGAGGGUAAAUUUGCUGAAGAACUUUAUGCUGAAAGCUUAGAACUUUCAAAAUCAGAACUAAAAUCAACUAGUGCUCAUGAUCAAGAAAAUAAGUUACAUGAAUGUGAUGAUGAUGAUUUUUGGGGUGAUUCUGAUGACAAGUUGGAUAAAUCAUCAGAUUUGGACAGAGAGUGGCAAAGGAGGCAUGAUGAAUUCCACACGAUCGGGUAUCGGGAAGGUCUUAUAGCAGGAAAGGAAGCUUCAUCUCAGGAGGGGUUCAAUAUUGGUUUUAAACAAUCAGUCCUUGCUGGUUAUAGCUGGGGUGCUGUAAGAGGUGUUACGAGUGCAUUUGCGCAUCUUCCAGAUGAGUUAAAAGAGAAGCUGGUUGAAAAGCUAGAAAAACGUAAUGAACUUCAUGGGAUGCAUGAAUCUGUGCAUUCUGUGUCAACAGCAGAUGCCCUUAGAUUCUUUCAUGAAGACAUCAAAGCAAAAGAAGCUUUAGAACAGAGCAAAGAUGUGAAGGUUAGCCCCUGCCAAACUUCACAUGUUUCUCAUUUGAGAAAUUAUCACCAACAACUUGAAUCUCUGAUUCAUGAUACACCUACCAUGGACAUUCAUUUACCUGAGCCAAAAUAGAAGGUGUUCUACCUGGUGUUUAAAGCUGUUUAGCUUAGAUGAUAUGAGGUUAUUGUGAUAUCUUCCAUGUGCAUGAUUGUAAAAUUUAUUAUAUGUUUCGCAUAAAAUAAAUACAGGCAAUUUAGUUCCCAAA